AUUUAUGAUGAGGUCCAUAAAUCAUCAACAAAAGCUUUUGAUGAAAUAAGUCGAGAAAUAUAUAAUCGUGUGGUUGAUAAAAAACAAUUGAAGGAUGAAAAAAUUUCUAGCACCUUUGAAGAUAUAGUCAAUUCGGAGGAAUCUCCAGUUAUAGAACAAAUAGAGGAUGCAAAAGAUUUCAUCAGACGAUUCCAAAUAAAACCGGAAAGUGAUGGUGUUUUCUUCGUAAAUGGAAAAUAUUUUGAUAUGGAUGAGAGUUAUCAACGCAACAUGAUUCAAAUGAUCAAUGAGUACACAGGAUUUUUGCAGCAAAAAGUUUAUGUGGGAGAAAUUAAUGAUAUCACCGACAUUUAUGAUUAUUUCAUGACCUUGCCGGGU